GAAGCAAAUCCAACUUCCUGGGGCCAAAGUGGUCGUGCCUUUUCGACAGGCUGGGCAGCCAGCAGCACAGCCGGUGUAUUCGCAGGUUAGAGUGCCCUUUGCGCCCCCGGUGCAGUCACAGCCUCCUCGGAAAGAUGCGGCAGUGACACCCCAGGCCAGGGCAAACGGUUACCACAGUCAUAGCCACACUCCUGUGGGCACCCAUACUCCUGUGAGCAACGGGAAGUCUUGGCCUGUCACCAGUUGUGCAAGUGCCUAUGGGAGGAUGCCUUCUCCAUAUCCUGCAGAGGCUUUUGUGCAAGUCUGGCCGAAAACACAGCCAGUCUUGAGUCUGAACCGCAGAAGCUCAUGCAUUUUGCGACCAGAGCUUUUGUCUGCAAGGAGAGAGGCCCCACGGUGUUCAAAUGUACCCAGUCCCUCUCCAGGAAAUGAAGCUGGAGCAUUUUCGAAUUUUGUCAUUGCAAAAAAUGACGAAGGGAUCCUACACGUUCCAGAUGUGCGACAACCAGUGCAACCAACAGAUGCGACCUUGUUGACAGUCUGGCCUGGUCUAGCAGAUGACAGCCGGGAUCCGCCUCAGGCGCAGAAAGAGCGUGGCCAGCUCACCUCCGAGGAGAAAUUAGACUACCGGGACUUGAAGUUUGUCGAACACCUGGGUUCUGGUGAGUUCGGGCAGGUUUUCCGUGGUUUCUACAAGGGCCAGGAGGUCGCCAUCAAACAACUUUACUGGGACAACACCGUUCUUCCCCAGGUCAUCAUCCAGGAUUUGACCCGAGAAAUCGAGUCAUUCAGGCAUCUUCGACACAAGCGACUUGUGAACUUUGUGGGAGCAUGCCUUGAAAUUCCCAACCUGUGCAUUGUGACGGAGUACGCUCCUGGUGGGUCCUUACAUCACCUUCUUCACGUUCGAAAACUUUCCCUGCCGCUACUUCAUUGCACAAACAUGUGUCUCCAACUGGCGGAAGGAGUCGUUUAUUUGCACUCUCAAAAUCCAAUUGUGGUACAUCGAGAUUUGAAGAGCUUGAACGUGGUCCUGGACCUGAGCUUGAACAUCAAACUUUGCGACUUUGGCCUGACCGAGUCAAUGGAAAGAACUCACAUCACAAAGAAGAAUAACGGCGGAUCACCUCGUUACAUGGCUCCGGAG